AUGUUGGCAUCGAGAUUGUUGUGGGGAGUGAGAAGCGACGACAGCCGGGUGCCAAGCCUCGCUUCAGCAGGAACUCUUCCCGAGGUCAACGACACUUCAUACGUGCACCGAGCUGCUUGUGGAAUCUCUCCAGCACCCCACCAUGAGACCAACAAUACGGACAGCGCUUCGGCGACUUCGAUCACCUGCACAAUGCCGUUCAUCAUAUGCACGGUCAUCAUUGAUCCCCACUAG